UCUCUAAAACAUCAGGGCUUCAGACUUCACAAAUCCAACAUGAUGCAGUCAAGGCUUUCAGCUGUCUUCUUUUUCUUGCUGGGUUUGUCAUUUUGUCUGACAAUCCCUAUUCCUCUUGAAGAUAGUCAUGAAUUCACAGAGGAAGACCUUCAGUUUGCAGAGCGCUACCUCAGGACUCACUAUGAUCUCCGUCUGAAUCCCACUGGCAUAAUGAAGAAGAGUGCCAACACAGUGGCAUCUAAACUUCGAGAAAUGCAGGCUUUUUUUGGCUUGGAGGUGACAGGAAAAUUAGAUGAAGAAACAUAUGAGCUCAUGCGGAAACCAAGAUGUGGUGUCCCAGAUGUGGGAGAAUAUAACUUUUUCCCUAGAAAACUCAAGUGGUCAAAAACAAAUUUGACAUACAGAAUUAUGAAUUACACUUCAGAUCUGAGACGUGCGGAAGUAGACAGAGCUUUCAAAAAAGCAUUCAAAGUUUGGUCUGAUGUGACACCACUUAACUUCACCAGAAUACGAAGUGGCAUAGCUGAUAUCAUGAUCUCCUUUGGGACUAAAGAACACGGUGACUUUUACCCCUUUGAUGGACCCUCUGGAUUACUGGCUCAUGCCUUCCCCCCUGGUCCAGACUAUGGAGGAGACGCCCAUUUUGAUGAUGAUGAAACUUGGUCAGAUGAUUCUAGAGGGUAUAAUCUGUUUCUUGUUGCUGCCCAUGAAUUUGGUCAUUCACUGGGACUCGAACACUCCAGAGACCCUGGAGCUCUGAUGUUUCCAAUUUACACAUAUACUGGAAAAACUGGUUUUGUGCUUCCUGAUGAUGAUGUGCAAGGGAUCCAAGAGCUCUAUGGUGCUGGAGACAGAGAUCCGAACCCAAAACAUCCUAAAACACCAGAGAAAUGUGAUCCAGAAUUAUCACUUGAUGCAAUAACAGAGCUUCGUGGAGAAAUGCUGGUCUUCAAGGACAGGUUUUUCUGGCGACUGCACCCUCAGAUGGUUGAUGCAGAGCUGGUUUUAAUUAAAUCAUUUUGGCCAGAGCUUCCAAACAAAAUAGAUGCAGCUUAUGAAAACCCCAUCAAAGAUCUUGUCUUCAUGUUUAAAGGAAAGAAAGUCUGGGCUAUGAAUGGCUAUGACAUAGUUGAAGGCUUUCCUAAAAAGAUAUAUGAAAUGGGAUUCCCAAAAGAAAUGAAAAGAAUAGAUGCAGUUGUCCAUAUUAAAGACACUGGCAAGACUCUCUUUUUUACUGGAAAUAAGUACUGGAGUUAUGAUGAAGAGACAGAGCUGAUGGAAGCAGGCUACCCCAGGCUGAUAGAGGAAGAAUUUGCAGGAAUUGGUGACCGAGUGGAUGCAGUCUAUUACAGAAAUGGUUACCUCUAUCUCUUCAAUGGAUCUUUGCAGUUUGAAUACAGCAUCUGGAGCAAAAGAAUUGUCCGUGUCCUGCACACUAACUCCAUAUUUUGGUGCUGAUUACAAUUGAAUGACAUGUUGCAGGCUGCAGAGCAGUUUGUAGUACAUAGAAGUAAUAAUAUGGGCAUAUAGGUUUAUUAAAGGAAAGCAAGGUUCUGUGAACAUGCACUGGAUACCUACAAACAAAUGUAUACUGUAUAUAUGGAAUUCUAUAGCUGUAUGUCAGUCUGGAACUGAAUUAACUUAAUAGGAAAGAAGGAGAAAUUAUAAGCAUUUCAAGGGGGCAUUACACCAUAUAAAGUUUGUCUCUCAUUAAAGUGAGAUGCUGGAUACAUCCUCCAUGAUCAUAAGCACUACUAAUUUCCAGUAAUCUAUGCAUGUCCGGCAUCUUCUCAGAAUCUUCUAGCGUUUCUAAAGACAUCAAGUUGAUAAUCUCUGGAGUGUUUCUUUUUAAAACUAACCCUCCAGCUCUUUGUAAAAUUAUUUUUAAAGUACUGGGGAUUCAGACACAUAAUGAGUGAGUCAGGACUACAUGGUGAUGCCCUGAGCAGCAUAACACUAGGUUGCAACACUAAAGUUAGAAAAUUCAAAGGUAUUUGAAUGUAUCAUGAUUUGAAUGGGAACAUCCCCCUGGAAAUAGAUGCCCAUAUGGUAUUUGGAAGAAGCUGCAGAUAUGGAAACAUUGAGGUGUCAUCUCAAAGCAGACCAAAGAGCAGGAAAAGGGAACAGUAUUCCCUACAGAAAUCACCAGUUAGUAUGGCACUGGGGAAAAUAGAAAGUAGUGGUACCAAGAGAAUCACACAGGUUGAAACCUUUCAUGAAUCUACACCUGGAAACAAAGCCCAUGUUUUCAGCUGGUGUAAACUGAAGUAGUUCAAGUGAUAAUUAUAGAAGUUAUGCUUAUCUGUGCCAGCAGAGAACCUGAAGAUUCAAGUUAUAAUAUUCAAAAUAAUACUGAAAGGGUGUCAAACAUUAAAAAUGUUUAUAAUGUUAAAAAUGAAUAUAUCAGUUGUUUCAGUACCAUGUAAGGUUUGGGGGGGGGAGGGAGGGUGUUUUGUUUUGUUUUGUUUUUCAAUGCAAAUGAUGUGGGACUGUUGUUAUUUCUCAGUUUAAAAAGUAGUAUUAAAGAAACUGGAGGAACAGAAUGCAAUUGUGAAAGGAUUUCAGUUAAGAGAUCCUACACUGUAUGUUAUAUAACAAGACAGAGUUAUUGGAUAAAAGAAAUCAGAAAGCUUAACCUGUGCAUUUUAUUCAUUAAAAUUUUCACUUCUACUUAAAA